AUGGUGACGCCGCAGAGAGGGACACUGGGUCCUCGGCCGAAGGGCCCUGAGCCGCGCGGCCGCCCGCCCGUCGGGGCGCUGGGAGCGGGCUCCGCUGGCACGGGCAGCCGGCUCGGUGGGUCUCGGCCGGCGAGCUCCGCGUCCCCCGGGCCCGGCCGCCGGCCGGGAGGAGGAGGGGCCGCGGGCCGGCCGGGCGGGGCGCCCGGCGCCACCACACGCCUUGUCCGCCACGAGAGCCUCUGGGUAGCCAUGCGGCCAGGUUCGGCGGCCCGGGUGCAGGUGUGGGUGGGCGGGCAGCUGUUCGAGGCCGAGCAGAGCCUGCUGGUGGAGCACUGCGGCUUCUUCCGCGGCCUCUUCCGCUCGGGCAUGCGCGAGUGCUACCUGGACGAGGAGGCGGGCGCGUGGCGCACGCUGGCCGCGCUGCCCCCGGAGGCGAGCACGCUGCUGGCCGGCGUGGCCACGCUGGGCAACAAGCUCUACAUCGUGGGGGGCGUGCGCGGGGCCAGCAAGGAGGUGGUGGAGCGGGGCUUCUGCUACGACCCGGAGGGGGGCACGUGGCGAGAGUUCCCCAGCCCGCACCAGCCGCGCUACGACGUGGCGCUGGCCGGCUUCGACGACGGCCUCUACGCCAUCGGCGGCGAGCUCCGCCGGAGCCCCGUGAGCUCCGUGGAGCGCUACGACCCGGCCGCCGGCCGCUGGAGCUUCGUGGCUGACCUCCCGCAGCCGGCCGCUGGCGUGCCCUGUGCCCAGGCGUGCGGCCGCCUCUUCGUGUGCCUCUGGCGCCCGGCUGACACCACGGCCGUGGUAGAGUACGAGGCCCAGACGGACGCCUGGCAGACCGUGGCCGAACUACGGCGCCCGCAGAGCUACGGCCACUGCAUGGUGGCCCACCGCGACAGCCUCUACGUGGUGCGCAACGGGCCUUCCGAUGACUUCCUGCACUGUGCCAUCGACCGCCUCAACCUGGUCACCGGCCAGUGGACGGUGCUGCCCGGCCAGUUCGUGAACAGCAAGGGCGCGCUCUUCACGGCUGUCGUGCGCGGCGAUGUCGUCUAUACGGUCAACCGCAUGGUCACGCUGCUCUACACCAUCGAGGAGGGCACCUGGCGGCUGCUCAGGGAGAAAGCCGGCUUUCCCCGGCCCGGCUCUUUGCAAACCUUCCUCCUGAGGCUGCCUCCCGGUCCCCUGGGACCUGUGGCCGUGACGACACCGGAGCUCUGACCCCAGUCUGCGCGGCCAGCCCCAGCAGCUGCCCCGAACUGACUGCUGACAUUGGGGGCUGAACCCUCCGCUUACUUGCUUUCUGCUAAGAGCAGGUGGGGCACAGUGUCACUGGA